AUGUUAGAAUUAUCUCCUAAUACUUUGUUUUCUACAUUUGGAUGGCCCUUAGAGGAACCCAUAAGCCAUGUACAAAACUACAUCUUUAGAGAUAGCGAAACUCCAGAGUCAUUUGCUCAUGACAUCGUUCCAUCUCAGCCAGAUAUAAGAGCGCUUGAUCGCUCCACAUCAUUGAGAGCCUAUAGUGGAAGUGGUGACGUUAACAUGGCUAAGAAACUUAACCACAACGCUAGCGAACGUGAUCGUCGCAAGAAAAUCAAUACUGCUGAUCAAAUGGUUAUGGAAGGAACUUACGCAUUAGAGAGUGAGGGCUUGAAUGAGAAGCUUGUGUCCUUGUGUGGGAAGACGGAAUCAUUGUGGUAUAAGUUUGGAUUGAAACCGGGUUACGCCUAA